AUGAAAGUUCUCUUCAAGAUGGUCGUCUUUAAACGGGAUCAACUGAAAACCUAUGUGGUGGUGGGCGCAUUUCUAGGGCUCUGUUGCUGGGUAGCUGUUCUGCAAACGAGAUAUGACAGCAGGAUAAAGCAACUUGAAGAAGAGGGAAGUGUUCGGGUGAAACGUAGUGCCGGAUCCUCUGGUCAAAAUGCAGCUGGUGGCGCUACGUACAUUCGCUGGGGCCGUACGGUUUGUCCAACUGAUGCAGAAUUAGUAUAUGCAGGUUACGGAGGGGCUGAGCACUAUAACCAUGAAGGUGGCUCUGCCGAGUAUAUCUGUGUAUCCAACAAACCAGAAUACGCCUCGAAGACGGCUGCAGGGGAAGACAACCGGGCAUGGCUGCACGGCGUAGAACUCCAAUUAUCCGGCAGGAACUCUUUCAGCACUGCCAACGCUGAUCCGAAUGGGCUCGAUGAUUCCGAUAUCCGAUGUGCAGUAUGCAGGAAUAGGGUUCGCUCUAGCAUGGUGAUGAUUCCAGGAACGAAGUCAUGCCCAGGUAACUGGCAGCAGGAGUACUGGGGCUACCUGAUGACGGGACAUUACAAACACAAGGCUUCCUACAGCUACGCGUGCGUGGAUGAUGCACCAGAAGCUGGGGGUGAAAAUGGCGCCAGAAAUGAUGACGGAGGACUGAUGUACCACGCACAGGGUUCGUGUGGCUCUCUGCCAUGCCCUCCGUACGUCCAAGGCUUCGAGAUGACAUGUGUUGUUUGCACAAAAUAGAGAAUUCCAAUCGUUCAAUCGGCCUGAGACGACACCACCAUUUGCCUUUAACACGUUUUCUAUUAAAGACGAAAUUCGCGCUCCUCGAAUUAUAGGUUUAAGUUGAGGACGGAGCUUUUGAUAUGUCUUUCUGCUUGGUUCGAGCUAUUCAGAAACGGAAAUUAAACGCCACGACUCCAGGUAUUUUGCCAUUUUCUGCUGUAAGACGAUUUCAAAAGUGCACCUGACAAUUUAUACAAUACAGAAAACCCCAUGCAAUUUGCUCCAUCCAUUUUGAAGAAGCCAUGUAUGUGUUUGACAACUACAUUACCUAAUCAGACUAGCAACUGGCUUGUUAGAGCUAGGCGGCGGGUUCACCAAAAGUUGUGAUGUAGAUCAGGCUAUUGCCCUACUUGGGAAGACAAAUAUCAAUUAUUGCUCUUAAAAUUGAUACAUGAAGUAUAUUUUUCAUUGACCUUUUUCAAUGUUCAGUUAUGAUAGCAUACUGUUGCCCAUGAUAAAUGAGUUUAUUGUAGUCCAAAAAAUAAAUUAAUCUAAAUUUUUAAUUUUUGGUAAAACCGGUUAUAUUUAUUUGAGAAGCCAAAUCUCACAUCUAGAAGUGUUGAUAAUGUAAAAAUCCAUCAUCCAAAUAGAAAGAAAAGGAGGUCACCACCUUCUAGAUUUUUAA